AUGAGAACCCCGCGUUGGGCCAUCUAUAUCAAAACUCAAACCACCUUUAUCAAGCGUGAUCUUCCUGAUUACGAGCGAGAGCGUCGGAAGGACGGAUCCAUAAGUACCAGACAUUGGAUCGAAGAGCGCCUCCGUAACGAAGCUACGGCUCUACAACUAGUAGCGGAGAAGACCACUAUCCCUGUGCCCAAAGUCAUCAGGGCUGGGAAAGACGACAAUGGAUUGGCGUACAUUGAAACAGAGCUCCUUCAUGGGAUCGUUCUUGAAAUGAUCAAGAACCAAUGCCGGAUGCAAGAGGGGAAACGCCAUGUCGGAGGGGGACCCUGCGAGGAAUGCGGUAGCAUCGCGAAGGAAAAUGCUAAGCAGUUCAUUGUUAAGGAGGUGCUUCCCCAGCUAGGGAAACUACAGCAUACAACGACAGGGCUUGACGGAUUUGUCCUGCCGCCGCCUUGGACCCUUGAGUACGACGAGAGAACGCACUGGGAACCAAAAAUUGCCAACUCCGCCUCUUAUGUCUUCCGCCACGGCGACCUAGCUGCUUAUAAUAUAAUGAUAGGCCCGAAAAGUCUACAUGUGGUUGGUAUAUUCGAUUGGGAGCAUGCUGGGUACUUUCCACCGGAGUUCCAGGUCUGGUCCGUUGAUCGGCAGAGUUAUUGGGAUUAUUUUAGGGACACACAAAGAAUCAGGGUUUUCAUAACUUUUAUUGAUGUGUAA